CGAAACAAUGUAUCAUCAGUUAGAAAGGAUUUGUCGGGGGGAGUGUUUAUGACUUUUCCCAAACAUAAAUAUCAGGCACACACGCACACGGCACACGCACACGCACACGCACAUUCUUUUCCUAUGUUCGAAGGACUUGACGUAGAAAUGGGAAACGCGUGCUCGUUGAAUGGGGAUCAUGUUCUGUCUAUCAAUGAAGCGGCUGAGACACUCCGCGUCGUAGUCCCGCCGGUCAGAUGUUGCUGCUGCGUCUGCUUUUGCUUGUUCUGGGACGAGAGCUUCCCCCUCCGGGCCAUCGUCAACGUGGACACCAUGCCAGAUGAAGCCCGCUGGAACCUGCAGAGGGCGUGCUAUUUCAAAGGUAACAGGCUUGGGAGGAGAACGUACGGUCAGGCUCGUUUCGCUUGGGGAGGUCCCUUGUACCUUUUUUCUGUCACUGACUAUCGCCAGACAUUGGGAAUCACGCUGGAGGAAGGUCAGCGCUUCAGCCGGCUCAUCGUCCAGGUGUCCCCAUGGGAAGAUCCAAAGGCAGUUGCCGACAAGUUGCGAGAAGCCGCUGAAACAGCUAGGAAAUCAUGCCACACUUCAGAAUUGUGAACGUCUUAGAGCACUGCAGACAUAUUUGAUUUGAAUGAGUGCUGCUAAAAGACACAUUCAUCCUAAUAGUAUUGUGUACGGGAUGCUGGGCCUGAUUCCCAUCGCGUGCAGCUCCCGACGAAUAAGACUGGAACCGUCAUCCAUGGUCACCUACACAGGACCUGAACUCUAAUCGCUGUCCAGGGUAGGUAAGCCCCUGUUGGGGUUUCUUAAACCACCACUCCGUUUCAGAGGCGAAGUCUAAGUCAUGAAUAUAACCUGUACGUCAUUCUUCAGAAGCUGGGCACCACCAGACUGAGAAAAGGUCAUGCUGGCGCUUCCGCCUCAGCAAAAGGAGGGUGGGAAGUACUGGUGGUUAAAAAGACAAAAAAACAUCUCUCCAUGCUUGAGCUGGAAGUAAUGCAACAUCGAUCCCCAGCAAAUUGGAUGUUGCCAUAUGGUAUACACAUGACUCAAAUGGCUGGUGGCGCCAGGCAAAACAAAAGAAAAAAGGUCGU